AUGGAUAUCACUCGUUCGGCAAGAAAGAGGAGAAACAGCUCUUCAGCCCGGAGCCAAUCCCCAGUCUCGCAUCGAACUAGACAAAGCUUGGCAGAUGCCGAAAAGCCAUGCACGACGCCAAAGAAGUCAAGGAAAAGGGUUCGGUUCUCCGACCCUGGCCCCCGCCUGCUGCAAGAUCUCGAUAGUGGAUCUACCGGUUUAACCCCAGCAAUGCGUCGCACAUCAUUCAAUCCAAAGGCUGGAAACCGUACACCGAGCCGGACAGCCCGACGCAAGUCCGCUCCAACGCCUCGGUACCCUCGGUCCUAUGAUCCAGUAGAUCAUUUCGACCACACCUCCACCGAGCAGAGAGUCCAAUUCACACCCCUUCGGCAGAUUCUGGAUACCCGCACCCAGAGAAGAAUCAAGCGAAUUGGAUUGAGUGAUGAGAUCAAUCAUAUCGAGCGCGAGAAACGAGAUGCACGCAAUUAUGAGAAGACCAUGCAGGCACUGCGCCAAGAGCGAGAUGCCCUCAAACUCGAGCUGAGGGCCAUGAAGCGCGAUUCAAUGGGUCUCGAAGAGCCGACGUUGGAAUCCAGUUCUUACUGGACCACGCCCCAGUCGCUUCGGUCCGGAGAGAACGUGUCGAUGGCUUCGAACCAGAGCGCCGACGAGACGACUUUUAUACUCAACGAUGGUGACACGUUCGCGUUCAAUGACAGUGCUGUCAUUGUUUCUAGCUCGCCUGAUCCUCGCUCCACUCGCAACUUCAACUUGCCACUCUCUGAGAGCUUGUUGCUAUUUGAUGAGCCUCGGGCGCUAUCCGACAUUACCCAGAUGCAUGUUUCGGAAAAUACAGAAAAGUCUGAUACCCGUUCUCUGGCGCAGGAUCUAGCAGCUGCAAGAAGAGAGAAGAGAAGUCUGUUCGAUGCGUGCCGAUCACAUGUCUCCAAAAUGAAUGAGCCGGCACUUGACAACCUUUUCAAGGACUCCUGUCCGCCAUCUGAAUUCUUGGACAAUCUGUUGGACGUACUAUCCACUGCUCUUUCUCGGGCUUCGGAUGCAGCCGAGGCCCUUGAAGGGGUCAGUCAAGAGUGCUCCGCUCUAGGAUUUUCCGGAGAGGAUGCAACUGAGAUUCUAUCCGAUAUGCGAAGCCAUUUCCGCUCGGCACGCCUCGAACUUGAACGUGCUGUGCCGGGCGAGACUCCCAAUGUCGGCCUUGAAGACGGGAAGGGCACGUUGAGUGCGCUUGUCCGGCGGGUGGAGUCUCUGGCUCAAGACCUGGGUACAGAGCGACACUAUCAUCACGGCUCUCUUGAUCGUGAGAGAGCUCUCCGUGGACAAUUCGAUGCUCUGUUACACCGGUACGAGACGGCCGCUGCCAAAAUUGGCAACCUUGAAGAUUCUAUCGAAUCUUCUGCCGGCGAUAUGCUUCACACGCGCAUCAGAAUGCAGGACCUCGAACGCGAAGGCCAAGAACAGGCCGUUGGGAUUGACAGAUUAAAUACAGCCCUUGAUAAAUACCACGAUGAGGUGAAGAGCCUCGAGGACCUUAUCGAAAACCUUGAGAAGGAGAACUCGGCUACCAAGGAGGAUUACGCGAGACAAAUCUCCAGUCUCCGGAAGCAAGUAGCUCAUGAGCGCUCCGUGUGCUCUUCGGCUGACACGCGGAUUCAAGAAUUGGAGGAAAUGGUCGAAAACAACCGGACCCGAUCCUCCGAUUUGAUGGCUCAGGUGGUCUCCCUUGAAGAGGAGAAGCAGAGAGCCAUUGAAGCUCUUGAACACAAUUUCACAGAGUUGCAAAGCCAUGAGGCAAAUACGGGGAGCCUCAAUGUUCGAAUUUCCGACCUUACUACAUCUUUGGAAGACGCAAAGUCCGAGGUCCAUCGCCUCGGUCUCCUCAACACCGGUCUUGAACAGCAACUUCGUGUUGAGGUCGAAGCUCGAGAAGAGCUUCUAGACAAGUGGGCCGCGGACCAGGCGCGAUCCUUCGCCCAUAUGAAGGAAACCAUCAACUCGGAGCGCCGUCGGGCGAAAGUUCGCGCCGCCAAUUGGGAGUUGAAGUCCGAUGAUCUCAUGUCGGACAGUGCCACUACCAUGGGCUGCGGCAGCGAGCCUGUCACCCCGGUUAGCAUGACACGGUUCGUGGAUAUUGAAUUUGGCCGUGGGAAAGAGCGCCGUCGCAUAGACAGUGGUAUUGGGAUCCCUUCCGAGGAAGAACUGAUGAAGGCUGGUUCUGUCUCGGAUCUUCGUCGGGGUCUUGAUUCUGACAUCGAUCUUCCCACGUCUGACUUCAGUUGA